GAUCAGUUGGUGCCUCUCAGUUGUGUCGUGAACAGCGAUAGUGUUGGAUUUAUCAACUGUAUAACCAGUGUACAACAUUGUUGGAGUAAACAUGUUGCUUGAUGAGUGGCUGGGUUAUCCAGUCGUGAACUAUUACAAGGGCCUCAAUCUUAGACUUCUGCCCAUGAACCAUGCCUAUGUUAUGGUAAACACAACCGUGGACGACGUCUCGGUUUAUGGUGUCGACAAGAAUUGUUUUAAUUGUCCAUAUAAACAUCAUGCUUCACUCGUACCUAACGAAGAAACUAUCUGGAUGAUCGACAGUCGCUACGAGAAGUAUUGGAGAAUCAAAGGAAGCAGACAGAAAGACUUCUCUCAAGAUAGCAAACAAGGCUUGUUAUGUCAACUGGGCGCAUCUUUCGACGAGUACGGUGUAUACCGUCUCGAUAUUGGCAAAUGUGAAAUUACAACUGAAGUCCCUCCUGCAAAUACUUAUCUUCCUUUGAUUUUAUGCAGUGUUGUACUAUUUGGAGUGUUUUUUGUCUAUUACCUUGUCAAAUAUUUGUGGAAUCGCAGGAAAAAUAGAAAAAACACAAGUAAUGAAGGCAAGAAAGUUUUGGAAAUAAAUGUUGGCGAAACAGAGGAUGAACCAUCCACUCUUAAUAUUUUUAGAGGUUUACUACUCAGUUUAAUAAUUUUCGCUACCACUGGAGGUGGUGGUUAUAGCAUUUUUUUACGAUCUGAAAAUUCUAUUGGUCUCUCAGUGGCCGAAUGUCUCUACUUUGCAUUCGCUUGGAGUGUUGGUUUCAACAUCCCCACUGUUAUGGACAAGGCAUUUAAUCAAUUGACCAAGCGCGCUAUUAUAAAAGACAUUUUCAGCCGUUUCCUAGUUUUCUUGUUUGUCGACGUCAUUAUAAACAGUGUAAUCAAUCGAAACAGUAGCAACUCAUUUACACCCGAUGAUCUUUGGCGACCAUUACUUAAAUUGGGAAUUGCCUAUCUAGUAGCGGCAUCAGCAUACGUGUUCACUAUGCAAAGAUUCGAAAUGAAAUCAAAGAAAAUAAUUUGUAAAGCUGUUAGUAAUUUUAUAUCGCUGAUGUGGUGCUGGAUUAUAUCUGGUUUCAUAUUGGCUGUCAUAGCCAUAUUGAUUUCCACGUUAAUCUCUUUGAACUGUUUAAGCAACCUAGAUAUGACAACUGCAGUGGAUUUCUCGAAAACACUGUCGGAAGAAUCGUUUACUUGUAACAAUGAUCUGAUGUUAAAUGCCAAUAUCUACAUGGCGAAUAGACACGAGGAAGUUAUCAACGUUCAUGGGUAUUUAGGAUUCAGUCAGGGUAUUAUGGGGCAAAUGUCAAUACUGAUGUUCACAAUAAUUGGUCUGAAAGCAGGCUUUAUUUACGCUAACUACGAAACCCAUUCGGAUCGACUAAAACUUUGGAGCAUUUGGGCAAUGCUUUUUGGCUUAGGCGGGAUUUUCUUUGGAGCUGUUUCUUAUCCCCUGGAGUUUAAUCUUCGGCCCAUAGCAAUGAUUCUUUUGCUAUCUACGAUGACAAUGUUAUCCUUCGCAGUCGUCUACAUAAUCACUGAAGUUAGAAAACUCAACAGCUAUAUCCUAUCUUCAGCUGGAGUCACUUUCUUUUUAAUCUUUCCAGCUCACAUGUUAUUCUCAAAUGGUUUGCCUUUCACGUGGGCACUAAACGUAGGUCUCGAAAUGUUUAUGAGCCAGCAUAUGAAGUACAUUAUAUAUAGUUAUUCUAUGGUCUUGAUUUGGUUGUUGGUUAGCGUCAUAAUAAUGAAAAAGAAAGUCACUUUCGCUGUAUGAUUUAGUACAUUCCGUCCUCUUUGUCAUUACUAUCGGAUUUGCAUUUCGGUUACUUUCAAUAUAUUGGAACCACAAGGUUCUUUUUACUAGUGAAAUUACGUCGAUUUUGAUUAGCGAUAAAACUGAAACUAAGUAAGAUGUAAAAAACCGAUUAAAGGAAGUUGUAGACCAUGUUUCGCUGAUCCCAGAUAAUAUGUACUAUAACAACCAGAUAGCUAAAAAUUACGAUAACUUUAGUUAUGAUAAGGAAGACAGCAUUGUAAACGUACAAGACAUAAAAGCUAAUUAACAAUAAUGAAAUUUAACUGUACAUACUUGCAUUAACAUUUUAAAACGAAAGCCAAGCAAAAAAUAUGCUUAAUAAAAACUCGUGUUUUGCAAACAUGGUUUUCAUUAGCAUGGUACGGAAUUAAGAGAACGAUAAAAAUUUUUCACUUCCGCCUAUCCCAUUAAAAAAAGAUCCGCAUAUCAUCCCCUUCAUAUCAGACUUCGCACACGUUUCGAAGGCCCAAUUAAAUGUGCUAUUCAACGGAGGUUUAAUUAAGUAGAAAAUUAUCUUCUCAAACACACGCGGCGGGCGUGACGAGGAGUAUCUAAGACAUUAGUGGAAAGCGUCACAAGGAGCUGUGACACAAGCUUUAAAAUAGCCUUUCUGGUAUUGUAAGUUCUAGGCAUCCCUUAUCAUAUUACUUGAAAGAAGAUAUUGAGAGAAUAAACAAAUGCACAUUAUCAAACAAUUCAGACGUGAAAUUAGAGAAUAUUGCCAAUAACAAGGACACUGAACUUAUAGGUACUUAGUAUGUUGUCAGUUGCAGUAAUAAAAGUCAAAGUCGAGUCACUAACUCAGUAUUUGCUGGAAAACGCAAAACAUUCCCAGCUGUGAUAAU